ACAAAAUGGCGGCACCCACGAACAGGUGCUCAAGUGAUUUCAUAGUACCACGGAAGAGCACUGACGCCCCCACCACCCUUGCCAUCUAACCGACAGUAUUCUUAACUGAACGUUACUUGUCUCUUAACGCAUAUGUUUCAGAUUUGAAUCAUUCGACAGAGACAAGCUGGUGGUAAAGAUCCAUACGUUUUCCAAAUAAUCAAGAACUCGUGUUUACCAUGUUUACAGACUCCAACGAUCCUGGUAAUUGUGACAAUGUUGCUGAAAGAAAGGUGCAACUGCCCUGAGUGAGCUGAGAACAAUAAUGAGUAACAAGCGGUCUCACAUCGACAUUGACCCGGAUUACGAAGAUGUCACAGACCAGCAGGCUAAGCGACAAAGAGUGUUGGAGGAAGAUGCCAAGGAAGCCACCAUUAAGAAGAUUGAGAGCAUCAUUAAGGCCCAGUUUGAGGCUGAGAUUCGACACAAGGAGGCGGAGAUCAGUGUUGCAGAUCAGCAACUGAACCAGUCCCGCCUAGUUGUAGACAGACUGCGAGCCUGCAUUGUGGCCUGUCACUACUCCACAUCAAUCCCAGGAACCAAGGACAAAUGCCAGCCCCCGUCUAUCCAUCCUACAGUGAAGACCAGGCUUGGGAAGGCCCCGGCUACAGUCACCAGCAACACAGCCCAUGAUGGGGAGUUUGAAACAGGAUCUGAUGUCUGGCCCCAGGAUCAUCUCAUGGAGAGUGAGAAAACACCUUCAGCCACUGAUGGAUCCUCAUCUGUUAAGCCACUGGAGUCUGCUCCACCAUCUAUAAUUCUUUCCCCUGACAAGAUCGUGGAUACCAGGGGUGCACGCUUCAAGAUCAAAAAGAAAAUCAUUGUUGGAAAUAUCUCAAAAUUCAUACCCCUGGAGCGUAGGGAGGUCAAUGACCAGUCAACUCACAAGUGGAUGGUGUAUGUACGCGGACCAAAGGACAAACCAAACAUUGACACCUUUGUGAAGAAGGUGUGGUUCUUCCUGCAUCCCAGCUACAAGCCAAAUGAUCUUGUGGAAAUAACACAACCCCCAUACCACUUAACUCGCAGAGGUUGGGGGGAGUUCCCGGUCCGUGUCCAACUUCACUUCCUGGACCCACGAAACAAGCGGGUCGAUGUUAUCCACAACCUGAAGCUGGACAAAACCUGCACUGGUCUACAGACGCUUGGUGCUGAAACUAUUGUGGAGAUUGAGUUGGAGCGAGAGACAUCACAGAAUGAAGUUCCUCUGCCGUUGUCGUCUGACUCAGGCCGUCUGCAUAGCAAACAAGUAUCAGAUGACUUCAGUGACAAUGUGAAUACGACGAUUGAAAAUCGGCCUGAUGAUAGUGUGUUCAGUGCAGAUGUUAGGCAGAGGACAGAAGUUUCAAUGGAAGUUGAUACAGAGAACAGUGUCAAAUCUAACUCGGUAAAGACUGAAGUGGGCAAUACAAAUGGAAACAAGGACAGUUGUAUUCAAAAUGGUGCUCAAGAUAUGAAUAGUCCACCCAAAGUCAAUGGUAAAGCCUCUAUGGCACCCAAAUGCAAUAUAACAACAAACAGUACUCCCAAAGUCAUUCAUCUAAAAACUAAGAGUGUUUUACAUAGUGACAUUAUCACAAGUCCUAAGCAAGAAGAUAAACAUUCCACAGUGUCUCCUACCUCGGCCGAGCUGACUCCACAGCCUGGUGUUAUGUACAUGCGAUGUAAGGACCAGCAAGGUCACCUCCUGCUGCUUCCCUACAAGCUGGGCACCCCACACGGAGCUGGCACACAGCAGCCCGACCCCAGUGCCUUGAACAAGUCACCUGCUACACCUACCUCAACUCCUAAGACAUCAGGGUCAGUGUCUAUACCUCAGCCUAGUGCAUCUCCUUCCACAAAGACUACAAACCUUGUCCUGAAGGUCACACCAACAGGGUUAAAACUGGUUCCGUCUGAGAGUGAGCCGAGUUCCACGUCAGUUGCCAAGCCAACUCAUAUUCUUCAAGGGUCUGAAGCUGGUGGGAAACCUAAACUGAAGUCUCUACUUAACGCUGGUUCCUUCACACCCAAUACAAACUCUGUACUUCAACAGAAGGGGACUGGUGGAGUCAAGCCUGGUGUACUGAAACCCUCCAAUACAUCUGUGAACUCAUUGUCCAAAUCUCAUCCAAAUCUCAAACUAUCCAACCAGACUGUGCCAAAUCUAACUUCUAAAAUGCCUCCACCUCGCUCAGAUACCAAAUCAAACCAGUCACUUGUUUUAGCAAAUAUUGGUGACAAACAGAUUUUGUUGAAGGUCGUACCAGGGGCAGAUAAUCAGGUUCUCCUUGUGCCAAAUCAGCCAUCUUGUACACAGCAAACCAGUCAGUCCUCAGGGAUUGCCAAAACUCCCACUGUAUUAGGCCAGCCACAAAAGUCACUUCUCACAACAACCUUGACAAAUCCCACAACACUCCCACAACAAAUAGGACAGAAAUCUCUUACAUUCUCUUUCGGAUCAUCUCCCUUUAGCAUGCAACCAGCUCACCAGAAACAAGAUGCCACAAAUUCAGCCAGUCAAAAACAGUGCUCAAAUUUCGACCCUGAGAAGAAGAUUCAUGUGUGGAAGAAGAAAAUUAGAGAUUUGGCUGGAUUUAGUGAAGAAAUCCUGCCUUUGAGAUUAGUGGACUAUCCAGAUCUGUUAUCAAUUAUCCGAGCUGCAGUUCGAAGACAUCCUGUUGUCAAUGAAGUUGUAGACCGCAGUCUUCACCCAUACUGUGCACAUUCUUCAGAGGAAUGGCUCGGCUGGAAUGUUGGCAAGAGACGGGCAUCAGAGUGGCAAAGAGCUGCAUCUGUCAGGAACUUCAUUUUAGACCAUCUGAAGGAGGAAAGUUCGUUCAAAGGGGAGCAACUCUGGACCACAAAACAGAUCAUGACUUGGUGUCGUCUUCAUGCAUUCAGCCCUCACCAUCUAGAAAAUGCAGAACAUGUUGAUGGUGUUGCGAAUCCGCCAGUGUCUAAGUCGAUGUCUCAAAAACAUACUCCUGAUAGCCCAGCCAAAAGACGACUGACCAGUCUGUCAGACCAUGAACUAUAUCUUGACAAGGCAGACACUCUUCUAGCACAGAUGGUACCCUCGGAUGACAGUGAAGACAGUGACCUUGACAUUGUGUCUGUUGAUUUGCCAAGGGUGAAAUUAAAAGAGGAACCGCCUGUUGAACUUGAGAGUAACCAUGACAACACUGAUGUUAUUCCCUCUGGUGAUGAAGCUGCGUUUGUACAAGACAUUGCUCAAGAGAUUGGAGUGAGGUUCCAUCCAGCGCAGAUUGAACCUGGUGUAGUCGGCUGUGUUGUAGAAGACACCAUCUACACUGUGAUGUCAAGACUGGCUGAGGACAUCUUGAGAGAGACGUUUUCAGUGGCAAAGUUGGAAUCAAAUGGCACUGUGGAAGAGCUAUCAGCAGGCAACGUAUUUAAGGCAAUAAACAACAUGGCAAUAACAGAUUUUCUCACUAACAAGCAUCUUGGUAUCCAUGACAACACAUCACCAUCCUCUGGAGUCAGGUGACAGGAACCAUGGCAAUAAAAAGAAAUUCCUAACCAGUUCAGAUGUAACUGGUUGUUUACACUUGAAUAUUGUACAAGGCUAAAGUUGAACUGUGAUUCAAAACAAAAAUGGUAUAAGAUAUAUGCAGCCAUGAAUAUAAAUGAAAUUGCUGUUAUUUUGACCAUACUCGCUUAUUAUACAUGAAAAUGUGUAGUUUAUACACGCUCUAAUUUAACAGUAGAAAUUCCUGUACGACAGCAUGUUUUAACGCUUAAAAACCAAAGUAUAACACUCCAACGUGAGAAAAGGUUACCGGUGUCUCCUAAUUUAUUUGAAGUCAUUGCCUGCGAAUUUCUGGCUGAUUUGUAAGAGUGAAAUCUGACAGUUGAAACUAACCAUGGAUUAAAAAUUAUUCCAUUUUUUUUGUUGUUUGUUGCCUAUUAUGAACGUCACUUGGUACUGCUCCAGAUUUUUGGUCACACGAUUUGAUGGUCCCUUUUGGUCACACGGUCCACAUGUUGUGACGAGUGCUUAUUGUUAGACAUAGACAUAGUUUCAGUAAAAUCAGGAGCUAGUGCUCAAUAACGGUUCACAAAUUUCUCAGGACUUUCAAAUGACUGGUUACGACAACAACCUGGUGUGCGACCAGUCACGAGUAUCACUUAUGACAGUGAAUGUAUGUAGCUAUUCAAGCAACCUUGAAAACGUUGACAUUACAGACAACAAUAUACUUUAUGUAUCAAACAAAGACUUUCUAAAUCCCAUGGGAAAAACUCCAUGAACUGUUAGACAUUCCAGAAGUUUCUUUCUUCGAUUGGAAAUUUUGAUUUGAACUUAUGAAACAUCUUUUAGAAACCAGUGGCAGAACGCUCAAGACAACAGCUAUCUGAGUGUUUAAUGUUAACUUCCUGUUUGUCAUGUCAUUGACAAGUUCUGAUGCGGCCUCUAUUCAAAUAUUUUCAGAUCUUUGUGCACUGGGAUCCAACACAGAUCUGAGUUUGAUGAGAUUGAACUGAGACAUUGAAACUGUUACUGGGUAAUCACUGAUUGUCAGUAUGUAUUGAAGAAGUUUAAUCACACUUCCCAGGACAAACUCUUCACCUGAGGAGGCAGUGGGAUACCCUCGUGGUUAAAGCGUUUGCUCAUUACGCCUAAGACCAGGGUUCAAUUCCCCACAUGGAUACAAUGUAUGAAGCGCUUUUCUGGAGUCCCCUGCUGUGAUAUUGCUGGAAUAUUGCUAAAAGUGGCAUAAAACCAUACUCGCUCACUUACUCACUCUUCACCUGAGGUCAGAGCUCAGCUGUGUUCAGGGUAGUGAAUGCAUGUCCUCUUAUUUCUGGAAGGACAGGUUUUGUUUGGCAAAUGUUAUUGUUAUUUGUUGAACAAAUGCUAACUUUGUUAACUCAUUUAUAUUCAGUUUAAAAAAAAUGUAGUUGCCAUGAAAUAUUUAAUUUGUGAUUGAUGAAGAUGUAGAAUAAAUAUUGCUGCAUU